AUGGCAGCCUUCAUGUCUCUAUACAGUACCUUGCUAUGGACAAGCAUUCUUGCCGUGCUUUACAUUGGAUACCGUGCAGCUCUACCGAAGCCCCUGCCCGGCAUCCCAUACGACCACGAUGCGGCAAGGAAGCUCUUUGGCGAUGUGCCCGAGAUGAUGAGCUACGUCAGGCGCACGAAGCGGAUAUUUUGCUGGCUCACCUCCCUAACAGACCGGCACAACAGCCCCAUCGUGCAGGCGUUCAUCAAGCCCUUCUCGCUCCCCUGGGUGGUGGUCACAGACCCCUUUGAGAGCCAGGACAUCCUGCUCCGGCGCAGCCGCGAGUUCGACCGGGCGCCCUUCUUCCGCGAGGUCCUCGGCGGGCUCAUCCCCAAGCAGCACUCCCACUUCCUCAGCACCGACGACCAGUUCCGGAGGAACCGCGCCCUCGUGAACCACCUCAUGGCGCCGACGUUCAUCCGCGAGGUCAGCGCCCCCGAGAUGUACAGGGAGACCGAGGAGAUGAUCCGCGUGUGGGGGGUCAAGUGCGACAAGGCGGCCGGCAGGCCCUUCUCCGCCCACCACGACCUGACGUACCUCGCGCUGGACGCCAUCCUCGCGGCCAUGUUCGGCCUGGGCGGGGAGGAGGAUAUCACUAUGCAGCGCCUCCGCGAGGUCCAGAAGUGGACGUCGGGGCUGGAGUCUACCAAGAACGCCGACGAGCCGGUGCCUUUCCCCGAGAAUGAGGACAUCGUGCCGCCCAUCUCCGCCGCCAUCAUCACCCUCUCCGUGUCCCUGACGGACAACCAGCUCUCGCCCAUGCCGGCCCUCACGGCGUGGGUGAUGCGGAAGUUUCCCUACAUGAGGAAGGCGAUCGCCAUCAAGGAGGAGUACCUCCACCGAAAGGUCAACGAGUGUAUCGCGCUCAUCGCCGCAGGUGACAACGCCACGACUGCCUCCCAGCCCCGCAGCGCGCUUCACUCCGUCCUGCUCCGCGAGCGAGAGACGGCGUCCAAGGAGGGCCGCAGGCCAGAGUACCACAGCCGUGCGAUCGCGGACGAGUUCAUCGGCUUCAUGAUGGCCGGUCACGACACGACGGCAACGACCAUGGCGUGGUCCGGCCGCCUGCGGGGCGAGCUGCGGGCCGCCCUCCCCGCCGCCGCCAGUGGAGAGCGGGCUCCUACCUACACGGAGCUGGCGGGUGCGCACGUGCCGUACCUGGACGCCGUGGUCGAAGAGACUCUGCGACACGCCAACUCGAUCGCGUUCGUGGUGCGGCGGGCCAUGUGCGAUACAGAAGUGCUGGGCCGGAACAUCCCGCGCGACACCAACGUGUUCCUAAUGGCCAACGGGGCCGGGUACCUCACCCCGAACAUGCCCAUCGAGGACGGGCUGCGCAACCCCAGGGCGCGGAGGGAGGUCGCCUCCAAUGCCAAGGCACUCACGGGGGCCUGGGAGGACGGCGACAUCGGCGCCUUCCGGCCGGAGCGGUGGCUCAAGACGACGGCGGAGGGCCUGGCUUUCGACUCCAUGGCCGGGCCAUCGUUAUCCUUUGGAUUAGGUCCCAGAGGGUGCUAUGGCAAGAGGCUGGCGCUGCAGGCGUUGCGGAUCCAGAUCGCGCUUGUGGUGUGGCACUUUGAGCUGAGGCGGUGUCCCCCGGGGCUGAGUUCGUAUAAUGCUGUGCAGAAGUUCGCGCGGGAGCCUACGCAGUGCUAUGUCAGGCUGUCAAGGGUUGAGUGGUAA